GAUGAAACUAGAAGGCAAUGGUCACGUCAAGCGCGGGACCGCCUCUAAGGUGUCUGUUCUAGAAGCCGCUUCCGUACCAAAAGACUCGGAACCUGUUCGCAUCCGAUGCUUUAUCAAUGGCUGCUUUGAUCUUCUUCACUUCGGACACCUGAACGCGCUCCGACAGGUUAAGCAAUAUGCGCAUGCAGAUCUCAUUCCAGAAGGGGAUGCUCAGAUUGAAAAAGCACGAUCUUCAUCACACUCGAAGGCUGUCGAUGUCGUUGCAGAUGCUGAUGCGUCAGCGCUGAAUCGAGCUCGUUUGAGUCAGCAAAGUUCUUCCUUGACCAGAUUAUCAGCUUCGAGAAAAGGAGACUCGCUCCGAGAUGUACCUUUACCACCUCCUGCCAGCUCCGACUCUGAGGAUAUUCUUUCUUUUGUCGAGCCUGCUAGCUCGAGCAGUGCGGAUGAACCUGACUCGGUAGCGAACGGGCCGUCACCAGCACCAAGAUCCUCUGCUUCUUCGAAAAACACUCUGCUGAUGACGUCUAGUAAUAUCGAGUUGCACGUGAUUGCUGGCGUGCAUUCAAAUGCGGAAAUCCGAAGAGUCAAGGGGGGAGCUUUUAUAAAUUCGGAGCACGAGAAAGAGCGUCUGCUUCUCGCUUGCCGAUUCGUCGAUGAAGUAGCGCAGGACGUCCCGUACGGUGUAAUUCAGCCUGAUGUCUACAGUGCAGACUUCGUGUUUCAUGGAGACGAUGAGAUACGCCUGCCUGGUGGUGGUGAUAUGUACUCAAAGGCGAAAGACGGCGAAAAAUUCCGCUACAUACGCAGGACUGAGGGGAUAUCAACGACACUAAUGGUCGAACGCUUUUUUAACAUGACAUCGGCGACAGCACGUGAGAUGAAAGACGAAAAGGACAAAAUAAACGUGCCUGCAGUUACCGAUAAAGGGGUUCAUAAAACUACUAGAACACUUCAGCACGCUGUAGACGUUGAGGAGGAUGAAGAAUUUGAUACUAUGAAUGCAGGUGCCCAAAGAAUAGCACGAUUCGUUCAAGAGGCUGCUUUCACGCGACAGAAACAGGAAAGCAAAUCAAAGUCCGUGGAUCCCCAAAUGUCGACUGGAGGUAAGGACGAUGCUGCAGCUGUUGCAACGACGCCCCUCCUCAACGACAUUCAUCCGGAACGAAGAGUCGUCUACAUUCAAGGAUACUGGGACUUGUUGCAUGUUGGCUAUCUUGACAUUUUGGAAGAAAUUCGAGCUCGUGAACAAGAAGCCGCUCAAAAGCGAGGUGUUGAAUUCGACAUCUAUUUGAUUUGCGGGAUCUUAGAGAAAAUGAAACCACCAGUGGUACCUUCUGGAAAAGGAUUGAUGAAGAUAGGCGCAAACAGAAAUAACGACCGACAUACUGCCGCGGCGGCGAAAACGCUAAUAAAAGGGAACGGUUGUAUAAAAGAGACAGUGGAUGAUUAUAGUGCUCCUGGACCAGUAAUCAGUGAGGCAGAGAGCAUGACAACUGUGGAAGGCAUGGGCGCUGACGUCCAUCAAGAUCAAUCGUUGCCGACACCAGAUGAGGUAACCGAGGAUGCAAAAGCUGCAGAGGAGCAUAAGGGUGAAGAUGGUAGCCCGCGAUUUCUGAAGAAUUUCAAUUCCGAGAAGCCUUACAAGAUGGUCGUGGAUCGAUUUUUUACCUCUCCGGCGUCACUUGCUGGCGGCGUUGAGCAGCAGGGUCGAAUAUCAUCGAGAAAUGAGAAUACAUGUCUUUUCCAGACCGUGCAUGAGCGAGGACUGGCAAUGCUGUCCCUGCGGCUGGUCGACGAUGUUGUUUUUGGCGUGACACAGCAUCGCUUCUCCGAAAACUUCAGACGGAGUCUUGGCAUCGACGUUGUUUACACUGUUACAGGCCACCCAGAUUUUGAAGGUGUCAGAGAGGAACUGUACGCGGAUAAGGUUGUGGAGGGUGGUUCCAUUUUGUCCAGUGCUGAUAUCGUGCAACGUUUCGCGGCUAAUCGAAGCGACUUCGAGCGGAGACAGGCUGUCAAAAAAGAACCGGAACUCAAUCCGACAGGGGCAAAAACAAAAUCGCUAUCAUGAAGAAAGUCACGCAUGUAAGGUUGUAUUCUCUCAUCGCCAUUUUGUUCGAUUUUGAUGUUGUACAUUAUGAAAACAGGAGCCACACUAGCUACUUUCCCCGGGAUCUAUGAUUCGACCUAUUGCCAUUGCGCUGCAACGCCUUCGAACAGACAAUUACUCAGCACUGCUGCAGGGAUUCAAAUUU